CACCACCACAGGCCGGGUCCACGUCACUCGCAGGUGGCGCCCCUCCUCACUUCCUCGUUCUCUACCCUAACACUAAGACAUCACAACUCCUCAAGAUGUUCAGGUGGUUUUCCUUGCUCGCCGUCGUCGCCUUGGCGUCUGUAGACGCCGACGAGGUGCUGGAUUACUCGGGAGACGACUUCGCAGACCGCAUUGCCGAGCACGACGUCGCUCUAGUGGAGUUUUUCGCCCCCUGGUGUGGCCACUGCAAGAGGCUGGCUCCUGAGUACGAGGCUGCUGCUAAAGUCCUGAAGGACAACGACCCCCCUGUUCCCCUGGUCAAGGUUGAUUGCACAGCAGACGGUGGUAAGGACACCUGUUCCAAGUACGGGGUGAGCGGCUACCCGACACUCAAGAUCUUCCGCGGCGGAGAAUUCUCCUCAGAGUACCAAGGGCCAAGGGAACAGAAUGGCAUUGUGAGCUUCAUGCGUAAGCAGGUUGGACCCAGCGCUAAACCUGUGCUGGACAAGGAGACCAUGGAGAAGUUCAUUGGCAACUUUGAGGCCAGUGUCGUCGGUUUCUUUGCUGAAGACAGUGACCUGAAGAAGGCUUUCCUGAAGACAGCAGACAACAACCGUGACGACUACAGGUUUGCCUACACCGAGGCUCGCGAUGUUAUCGACAAGUAUGGAUACCAGGACGAUGCUGUCGUGCUGUUCUACCCGCCGCGACUCCACAACAAGUUUGAAGAGAAACAGCUGGUCUACGACGGGAAGGCCUCCGAAAACAAGAUCAAGAACUGGCUCAAGGACAACGUUCUAGGACUGUGUGGCCACAUGACCGACAGCAACCAGGACAAGUUCAAGAAGCCUCUGGUGGUGGCGUACUACGAUGUGGACUAUGUGAAAAAUGCCAAAGGAAGUAACUACUGGAGAAACAGGGUGUUGAAGGUUGCCACGAAGCUGAAGGAGGAAGGGAAGGACGUGAACUUCGCCAUCGCGAGCCGGGGAGACUUCUACAGUCACCUGUCAGAGUUCGGGCUGGACUCCAGCAGUGCAGACAAGCCUGUUGUGGCAGCCAGGGACAAGAGCGACGACAAGUACAUCAUGAAGGACGAGUUCAGUGUUGACAACCUGGAGAAGUUUGUGCGAGACUUCCUGGACGGCAACGUGAAGAGGUACCUGAAGUCUGAGCCAGUUCCUGAAGACAACGACGGACCCGUCAAGGUUGUUGUGGCGGAGAACUUUGAUGAGAUUGUGAUGGACGAGACCAAAGACGUGCUGAUCGAGUUCUACGCUCCGUGGUGCGGCCACUGCAAGAACCUGGCGCCAAAAUGGGACGAGCUCGGAGAAAAGUUGAAGGAUACAGAAAGCAUUGUCAUUGCCAAAAUGGACGCCACAGCUAACGACACACCCGGCAGCUUCAAAGUCUCAGGGUUCCCAACGAUAUUCUGGGCCCCAGUAGGUGGAAAAGACAAUCCAGAAAAAUACAAUGGUGGGCGAGAAGUUGACGACUUCAUGUCCUUCCUGAAGAGGAAAGCCACACACGCGAAGGACGAGCUUUAAGUCAACACAAACAGCUUAAGAUUAAGAUAGAAAAACAUUAACUCCACGUAGCAGUCAGUCCAUACAUUACCGUGCAGAUAGCUUUAUUAUGUAUAUGUCAGCAAAUGCAAGAGACAUGAAAAAAAGAACUAUUGUGGUCUUCUAAACACCCGACUGCUGCAGCAGUGUGUAAUAUCUUUGUGUUUUGUGUCGUACUUGACUUUACAUCUGCAGUGUUACACCUUCAACAAGUGUACAAAUAGCUAGCUGAAGAGGCAAUGUUAUUCUGCUUACAUCUUCUGUAGAUAUCUUUCUUAUCUAAGAAACGACAGGGGGAAGGGCAGUUAUGAUCACAAGCAAAUGUCACUCAAAUUUUGUAGUGUGUAGCAAUUUCAGAAGCUGCUGUCAAAUUUGCAAGAAGUAUAUGCAACAGUAACUCGGAGAAAUCUGGUUUUACUGGUUUAGGUAUGACUACUGUGUUUCCUACUUGGUACAAAAGCUCUCCCUUUGUUUUAUGCUGGCUCUAUAAGUCAAGCUUUUUGGGGGCUUCAAAUGUGUUUUAUUUUUUUCUUUAUAUCAGUUCUCGGUACAUGGUUUCUGGCGCACAAGGAAAAAACCCAGAAAACUGAGCUGCCCAAUAGCCUGGCUUGUAACCUGCUAAGGAGGCUAGUUUAAUACAGAGUAGGCUUGCAGUUUCAUUCCUGCCAAAACGAAGCCUUGAAACAUUCCUAGGUGGAGGUAUUAAACUAGUUUGAAGUAGAGGAAAGCUCUGUGAGCAUCUCUACUGUUCUGCAUCGUGUGUGUAAUGACUAAGUUAACCCUUCCCAUCCGUGUCCCGUCAUAGCUGAGCAUCCAAGUCAGUUCUUGGGAGUUAAAAACUGACAGCUGUUGUAACAACGCUGCUCGUUUCCAAUAUCUUGCACAACACAAAACAUAAAAUAUCAGUCGUGAACGCUCAUGUUUUUAUGUUUUGUUAUAUCACCAAUUGCUAAAGCAAGGACUUUGUGUAGAUUUCAUCCUAUAUCUUCUCAACUCUAUGAUAUGCAACUCCACACAAUAACAUGAUUUUGUGAGUCCAAAGUGCAGCUUUUUACAUUGAAGGGGGACCAUACUGUAGUUAAUGUGAUGUGAGAUCUUUGGACAUUUUACAAUCAUGAUGAUGAAACAGCCAAUUAUUUCAUGUUCCACUCACACAACAAGAGUUCACAAAUAAUGACAAUUGAAUAAAUUGUGGUGAGCCUUA